AUGUCACUUGGUGUCGUGGUGGACGGCACUGCUGCCGGUGCAGUUGACGCUUUUGAAAUCGCAAUUUGCAUCGCAACUGGUAUCGCGGUUGAUACAGAACUUGACGGCGCUGUUGACGCUGUUGACGCUGUUGACGCUGUUGACGCUGUUGAUAGCGCAGCUGAUAGCGCAGUUGGCGGCGCUGUUGCUGCCGAUGCUGCCGACGGCUGCUAUUGA